UAACCACGCUCGAGUACGGUAAGGUUGUGCCAACAGGUAAACACUGUCGGUUUUGGACAGAAGGAAGUGUGUUCGUGUUGAUUUGUGCUGCGUGUUAAACUGUUGUAAAUUAAUAAAAUUUCUAUAAUAAUAGAAAUUUUUAGUGAAAAUUAUGAAAAUAACAGCAUUUCUUCAUUGAUGAGGCUUAAAGUACGUGACAAGCCCCAUUUGAUGAGCGUGCUAUGUUGGGUGCUGAGCAGUCGGGAUUAGCCAACGGGCGACACGUGUUAACGUGGGCCCUCGGUCACACUCACGUGUGGUACCUUCUGUAUCGGUGCGCACACUACGUCGGCAAAUCUCAAGACCCAAACCAGAGUAGCGUUUCCAUCUUGGACAAUCUUUUCAAUCUGGACGAUGACGUCGACGACCAUCUGGUAGACGGCCAGAACGAACAAUAUAACGAUGCAGAAACUCUUAAUAUUGGCUCACUCAGCCUCUCCCCACCGCACAUCAUCUUCCAGCGCGAGAAUACUCAGGUUAUGCAACCGGCGAGCGCACCGGGAUCACCACCAACAAGCCCUUGCGUUUCCCCGAUAGGUUCGACUGGUACAUUAGACCCAAAUUGGCAAGCAACCAAACCAACUGUAAGAGAGCGUAACGCUGCCAUGUUCAACAACGAUCUCAUGGCAGACAUACGAUUCAUUGUGGGUAGUCCUGGGAUGACCCAAGUUAUUCCCGCUCAUAAAUAUGUUUUGGCUACUGGCAGCUCGGUCUUCUACGCUAUGUUUUAUGGGGGUCUUGCUGAGUGUAAAGAAGCUAUCGAGGUUCCAGAUGUUGAACCAUCAGCUUUUCUAACAUUAUUAAAAUAUUUAUACUGUGAUGAAAUACAAUUAGAAGCGGACACGGUACUGGCAACGUUGUAUGUUGCGAAAAAGUAUAUAGUGCCUCAUUUAGCAAGAGCCUGCGUAAAUUAUUUAGAAACGAGCUUGACUGAAAAAAAUGCUUGCUUAUUAUUAAGUCAAUCACGACUAUUUGAAGAACCGGAUUUGAUGCAAAGAUGCUGGGAGGUGAUUGACGCGCAGGCUGAAAUGGCAUUAAAAUCAGAAGGAUUUGUAGAUAUAGAUAUUUCAACAUUAGAAUCUGUACUGGGAAGAGAAACAUUAAACUGCAAAGAAAUGAAUUUGUUAGAAGCUGCUUUAAAUUGGGCUGGAGCUGAAUGUAUAAGACAAGAUGUUGAACCAACACCGCAAAACAAACGUUCCGUUUUAGGAGACGCUUUAUACCUAAUCAGAAUUCCUACGAUGACGCUUGAAGAAUUUGCAAACGGCGCUGCCCAAUUGGGUAUAUUAACUCAACAAGAAACGAUUGAUAUAUUUUUUCAUUUCACAGCCUCGAAUAAACCGUCGCUUCAGUAUCCCAUAAAACCAAGAACAGGCUUAAAAUCUCAGGUUUGUCACAGAUUUCAAUCUUGCGCGUAUCGAUCAAAUCAAUGGAGAUACAGAGGCAGAUGCGAUAGUAUACAAUUUUCAGUGGAUCAUCGAAUAUUUGUUGUUGGUUUUGGACUAUACGGAUCAUCAAACGGAGCUGCUGAUUACAACGUAAAAAUCGAAUUAAAACGUUUAGGAAGAAUACUAGCAGAGAAUAACACGAAAUUUUUCUCGGACGGUUCAAGUAACACUUUUCACGUUUAUUUUGAUAAUCCCAUACAAAUCGAACCGGAAUCAUUCUAUACCGCAUCCGCGAUAUUAGACGGUGCAGAAUUAAGUUAUUUUGGUCAAGAAGGAAUGAGUGAAGUGACCGUUGGCUCUGUUACGUUUCAAUUUCAAUGUUCGUCUGAAAGUACAAAUGGCACGGGCGUACAAGGUGGACAAAUACCUGAACUUAUUUUUUAUGGUCCUUCGUUUGAAGAGCACUGAAACGAUUUUAAUGAAACUAAAACUUGAAUGUGAUUUUCUUUUUUUGUUUUUAUUAAUUUAUAAUUUUGCCCUGAUAUAUAUUAUGGUAGAUUUAUCUCAUUUUAAUCUAAUUUUACCUAUAUUAUAGCCCAAGCAAAAACAAACAUCUUUUUAAAAACAAUUUUAAAUGAAUAAGCAACAAACAGAUAUUUUUCGAAAUGUCUUAUUAUGUACAUAAAAUCUAGUUUUAAGCAACAGUUGCAUUUACUAUAUUAUAGAAUUAAAAGCGUAAUGAAAUGAAAUUGAAUAUUUUAACGAAUGAAGAAUAUAAAAUGUAUCUUAAUACAGGGUUACUCAACAAGUUCUCGACUAAAAUUUUAUUAAAACAAAAGUGUCACCCUCACGUUUAUUCUGUAUAUAUUGAAGAAAAAAUUAUAACCAGAAAACAGGUGAAGUGAUUAUUCUUCAUCAAGUAAAUAUACUCAUUUUUAGAAUUUUAGAAAUUAGCAAUAUUCAGCAGAUACUUGCUUACAUUGCCAUUGUAUAACGUACAUUUCCUAUGUGAUACAAAGUUGUUCAAUAAAAUAUAUAUUAUUAAGUAGUUUAA